ACUGAUUCUAGUUCUGUCCACAAUAUAUAACUACUAGCCUGUAAACCCAAUAUAUAGAAAUGCCUAUGUAUCGGUAGAAGACACAUGGCCUUGUCGCAAUUGUGUUGCAUAACAUUAAUGUAUUAAUGUUAUUUAUGUUGAGACGUUUUUUGUCCUUGUGAAAAGACCCAGUCCACGCCUUUACCGAUCGCACUAGAGCGCACUAGGCGCUUCUGCUUCGCGUCUGGCUGUAUCCCACGAGAUUUCCCUAUAAGCUUGCCCUGAUGUAGCCUAAUUGAGUUGGUGAAAAUACCUCUAUGCGGAUGUCCUGGUGCAGCUACACAGAAAUGAACGCAUGCGAUACACGCGGGUAAAGUGUAUGGCUAUUGUUAGAGAAUAUUUUCAAAACGUGCCACAAUUAGCAGGCUAUUAAAGUGAGGGAAUAUGGUGGAUUUGGAGAGCGAGGUACCCCCUCUUCCGCCAAGGUACAGAUUCAGAGACUUACUCCUCGGGGACCAAACUUUGCCAAGCGACGACAGAGUUCAAAUCGAAUUUUAUGUAAAUGAAAAUACUUUCAAAGAGAGACUAAAACUAUUCUUCAUCAAAAACCAAAGAUCAAGUCUGAGAAUCCGUGUGUUCGAUUUCUCUCUAAAGGUCUUAAGCUGCAUUUUAUACAUAUGCCGAGUACUAGAUGACUCAGAUAAUGGAUAUGCAUGUUGGGGCUGCCCUACCCAAAACUAUACUCUACUGGCGAUCGACUGGGCUCCAGUGAUAUGGGUCGAAAGGAGUAAAAUGAGUCUGUGGAUCUUACAGGUUUUUGUUGCACUGAUAUGUCUUUCUGAAACAAUCUUGUUGACCUAUUUAAGCUACAAGGGUAAUAUAUGGGAAGAAAUUCUUCGAAUCACAUUUAUGUUGGAGAUGGUAAACACAGUUCCUUUCUUACUCACAGUCCUUUUUGCUCCUCUCAGAAACCUUUUUAUUCCUGUGUUCCUGAACUGCUGGUUAGCAAAGCAUGCUUUGGAAAAUAUGAUUAAUGACCUUCAUCGAGCCAUUCAACGGACCCAGUCCGCUAUGUUCAAUCAGGUUCUCAUCCUGAUAACAACUCUUAUCUGUCUCAUGUUUACCAGCAUAUGUGGGAUUCAGCAUCUCGAACGGGCUGGAAACAAGCUAUCGUUGUUUGAUUCCUUCUACUUUUGCAUUGUGACUUUCUCCACGGUUGGAUUUGGGGACGUUACCCCCAACAUCUGGCCCUCCAAGCUGCUGGUGGUCAUCAUGAUAUGUGUGGCACUGGUGGUCCUUCCCAUUCAAUUUGAACAGCUGGUCUAUCUGUGGAUGGAGCGGCAGAAAUCCGGUGGGAACUACAGCAAACACCGCGCCCAAACAGAGAGGCACGUGGUCCUGUGUGUGAGCUCCCUUAAGAUCGACUUGCUCAUGGACUUCCUGAACGAGUUCUAUGCCCACCCCAGACUGCAGGAUUACUAUGUCAUCAUCCUGUGCCCGACAGAGAUGGACGUGCAGGUGCGCAGGGUCCUGCAGAUCCCCCUGUGGUCCCAGAGGGUCAUCUAUCUCCAGGGCUCAGCGCUCAAAGACCAGGAUCUGUUUCGGGCCAAACUGGACAAUGCUGAGGGGUGUUUCAUCCUGAGCAGUCGCUGUGAGGUUGAUCGUACAGCUUCGGACCAUCAAACUAUAUUGCGCGCCUGGGCAGUGAAAGACUUUGCCCCUAGCUGUCCCCUGUACGUGCAAAUCCUCAAACCAGAAAAUAAAUUCCAUGUAAAAUUUGCCGAUCAUGUCGUGUGUGAGGAGGAGUUUAAAUAUGCAUUGCUGGCCCUGAACUGUAUCUGUCCAGCCACGUCCACUCUCAUCACUUUGUUGGUGCACACCUCCACGGGCCUGGAAGGUCAGCAGUCUCCAGAGGAGUGGCACAGAAUGUAUGGGCGGUUUUCUGGAAACGAAGUCUACAACAUCAUAUUACAAGAUAGUGUGUUCUUCUCAGACUACAAAGGGAAGAGCUUCACAUAUGCCUCUUUCCAUGCACAUAAGAAGUAUGGCGUGUGUCUGAUUGGUGUGAAGCAGAAAGAUAAGAAGAGCAUUCGUCUCAACCCCGGCUCCCACUUCACCAUGAGUUGCACAGACACAUGCUUCUACAUCAACGUCACCAAGGAGGAGAACUCCAUCUUCAAAGCCCAGAGGGAGGAGAGUCGGCGGGGCAGCAAAAAGACCCAUCUCCCCAUGCACAGCAUCCUCGCCAGCAUGGGCACUGUGGCCAUAGACCUCCAGGACACCAGCAGCAGGCCCAGCUGGGACUCCACCCUGAACCUGCCAUGUGACUCCUCCAGGACCGGCCGGAAGAGCAGCAUCGCCCCCGUAAUGGAGGUGGAGGACACGUCCUCCCUGCACACCUGCGACCUCUCCAGCGACCAGUCGGAGGACGAGACGCUGCCCUCCUGUGAGGAUCUCUCCACCGAGGGAUUCGUCAAGGGAUAUCCGCCAAAUCUGCCCUACAUCGGAAGCUCUCCCACACACUGCCAUUUGCUGAAGGAAAAAGUACCAUAUUGUUGCCUGAGACUAGAAAAGGAGUGCACCCAUAACCAAUAUGAGGAUGCCAAAGCUUACUGCUUCAAGAACAAGUUGGUAAUAGUGUCAGCUGAGACAGCAGGAAAUGGGCUUUACAACUUCAUAGUUCCUCUAAGAGCUUCGUACAGGCCCAAGAGAGACCUCAACCCCGUAGUGCUGCUGCUAGAUAACAAGCCAGACGCAAACUUUCUGGAGGCUAUUUGCUGGUUCCCUCUGGUUUACUACAUGGUUGGAUCAAUUGAUAACCUCGAUGACCUUCUGCGCUGUGGAAUCUCUUUUGCUGCCAAUAUGGUGGUGGUGGACAAAGAGAGCACUAUGUGUGCAAAGGAAGACUAUAUGGCAGAUGCGAAAACCAUUGUCAAUGUGCAGACACUAUUCAGGUUGUUUUCGAGUUUGAGCAUCAUCACUGAGCUGACCCAUCCAGCUAAUAUGAGAUUCAUGCAGUUCAGAGCAAAGGACUGUUACUCACUGGCUCUCUCCAAAAUGGAAAAGAAAGAGAGGGAGAACGGUUCCAACCUGGCCUUCAUGUUUCGGCUGCCGUUUGCUGCAGGGAAGGUGUUCAGUAUCGGCAUGCUUGACACUCUUCUUUAUCAGUCUUUUGUGAAAGACUACAUCAUCACCAUAACAAGGCUUCUGCUUGGCCUGGACACAACCCCAGGAUCCGGCUUCCUUUGUGCUAUGACCAUCACACAGGAGGACUUGUGGAUCCAGACAUAUGGCAGACUGUACCAGAAGUUGUGCUCCUCUAUUGGAGACAUCCCCAUCGGGAUCUACCGCACAGAGCUGCUAGACUGUGAAUCCUGUGAGGGCAGGCAGUCCCAGCUCUCCGUGAGUGUGGACGACUUUGAGGAGAGUCAAGAGCAGAAGGAGGCGAGGGAGCACUGCUCCUCUGGGAAGAGGGUCUCGCACACCUCCUCCUCCAGUGAGACCCCCUCCGACAGCCGCCCGCUGCUGCACAGGAAGAGCAUACAGUGGGCUCGCCGGCUGAGUCGCAUGGGGGCGCGGCCCGCCUCACGACCCCCGGAGAGGACCAGCCAGCAGCGCACGGGCCUGCCCCCACGGUCCGAGAGACAGGAGCUGGCCGAGCUGGUCAGGAACCGCAUGAAGAACCUGGGCCUGUCAGUGGAAGGAUGCGAUGAAAUGAAUGAGAGUCUAAGCAGCCACUCUUACAUUUUAAUCAACCCUUCUCCAGACACCAGACUGGAACUGAAUGACAUUGUGUAUAUCAUUCGUCAGGACCCUCUAUCCUUUGAGCCUGACAAAUUGGAAAGCAGGACGAGCAGUUUUGGAAACAGUCAGUGGAUAACUGAGAGGACAUAAUGAGAAAGUCAGCUUUGAGGUUGUUCUAUUAUUUAUGAACAUGUGUAGUAUGAUCUCUGUCUUGUAUACCCAUUUGCCACCACACGAUUUCAUCACCUGCGUGAUAUCAGAUCCCUGAGAAUUGAUGCUAGAUGGGAAAUAAAAUGUCUCCCUGGUGCCAGGAAGGCGGCUUCAUCCUGUAAAAGUGCAAAUAUAUCCUGUAGGUAUCCUGAGUGUAGCCAGUGUUUAGCAAUGUAUUCAUGUUUAUAUAUCUCUUACAAAACUCUAAACUACAAAAUGGCAAGCUGUUUAACACUGAUUUUGAGGUUGCCCUUGACCAUAAUGACACAACAGUAAUUAUGGUCAAAUAAGUCAAAUUCCAUUGAUGAAUAAAUAUUACAGAUACUUGAAAAAUUAUGCGAAUUAUAAACAUAAAGACAUAUAAUGACAAUAGUAUUGAUGUGCCCAUUAAUGAGAUACAAAAUGUACACACAAUAUUUUGACAUUAACCUCAGUAAGUUGUCCUUUGUCAUGUAACUCCUUAUAUCUCUAUCCUUGCAUAGCACACUAAUGUUUUUAAGAGUGACUCGCUCUCGAGUAUGUCGCUUCAUGUCUCAUCCGCCUUUUAAUUUCACACAUACAGAAGCGUAGAUGUGGCAGUUUCCAUAAAGGGGAACAUGCAGAGAUACAUGAGACCAGUCAAGUGAUCAAUCAAUCUGUCACUCAAUACAGCUCGCUUUGCUGCCUGUACUUGUAUCCAGUAGAGGAAAGCUGUUUGAGGAGAUUCAUAAGAAUCACACCCAUACUGUCUGUCACAUAGCCUUCAUAACAUCGUCACCUUGAUGUUUUGCAUGAAACAAAGACAACAAGAGGAGAGGAAAACAAAUAGGCUACAGUAUACACAGGAUGUGAUGUCUGGAACUGCCGUUUGUAAAGGUCACAUUGAUCAGUGACCACUCAUGUGAAAUACGAAAUGAAUGCUUCACAUUUUGCAUGCAGCCUUAUUAAACCUCAGUGUACAAUCAAUAAACACCACGCUGUAUAUUGACAGUGGUGUAGACUUUCAAGGCAGUGGUUGCAGUUAGCUCUUAAAGGCUCUCCCUUUCAGAAAUCAUUGAAUUGAUUAAUUGAUGUGAUUGGUUUAGAGCAUGGUCAAUACAAAGAAAGGACAUGUCCUCCUGA